CUCCGAUGUUUUGCUGAAUACUUCUUCCUUAUUGAACAGCUCUUCGAUGAAGCAGAGUCUUUGAGUUCGGACUCAUCGGCAAAAUCAAGAGUUUGGGAGAGCGAACACGAAAAUGGUCGCACCUACCACUCCGUCAGCGCCGGAAAGUACCAAUAUCCGAACGACCAAUGGGAAAAUGACCGGCUAACGAAGCGUGUUCUGGACAUGGGCACUGGGACGGGCGUGUGGGCCAUAGCUUUUGCGAACGAAUUUAAGGAUGCUGAGGUCAUUGGUGUUGACUUGAGUCCCAUUCAACCUUCGUGGUACAACCUCUCGUUUUGUUUUGUUUUCAUACGAUCUAAUGGAUCAAACAGGGCUCCUCCUAACUGCAAAUUUGAGAUUGACGACUUGGAAAAGCCGUGGGCCUGGCAUGAGCCAUUCGACUUCAUCUUCUGCCGGACAAUGGAAGGAUCGUUUGCUGAUCCGAAGCUGAUUAUUCAAGAGAUAUACGACAAUCUGACACCUGGUGGUUGGUUCGAAGCCGGUGGUUUCGUCCUUCCAAUGGGCUGUGAUGACGGCAGCGUUCCCGAAGAAUCGGCACUGCGAAGAUGGCAUGACCUGAUGGCGCAAGCAGGCGAGCAGUGUGGACGUUCGAUCGAGAGUCCAUCGAAGUACACCAAAGUCAUCGAGGACGCCGGAUUCGUUGACAUUGUAACCGAGAAAUUCAUCUGGCCCUUGAACACGUGGCCCAAAGACAAGAGGUUCAAAGAAAUUGGGAGGUGGAUGGUUCUCAAUCUCGACAUGGGCAUAGAGGCACUGACUUUGGGUCUUCUUACGCGCGUCAUGGGUUGGACAAGGGAAGAGGUCUUAAAAUUGUGCGAUGACGUUCGGAAAGACUUGGCAAAGACGUGGUACCACGCAUAUUGGAAUGUGCAUGUUGUAUAUGCUCGGAAACCACUACAGAUCGCGAAUGACGAAGAAAGUCAGGGGGAGGCAAGUUCGAGUCCUCCACUUGAAUCAGCCGAAUCGCCUGAGCCGUCAAAAUCACCAGGAUCGCCUAAAUCACCAGAGUCACCCAAGUCAUCAGGAUCAUCCCAUUCGCCUCCGAGAAAACGGCAGAAAGGUCGUCAGGCUUCUCCAGACCCGUGA